CGAAUGGCCGUUUCUCCUCGCGGUCUUGGAUAAAAUGGGGUUUAAUUCCACCUGGCGAGGAUGGAUUCAGGAGUGUCUGCGAUCAGCCUCUUUUUCAGUUCUCAUGAAUGGUACUCCGGCUGGGUUCUUUGCCCCUUCUCGGGGGCUGAGGCAGGGAGAUCCACUUUCCCCACUGCUGUUUGUCAUUUGCACAGAGGGGUUUGCAGCUCUCCUUCGUAAGGCAAUUUCGGAAAAGAGAUUAGAAGGGGUGAAGGUCGCUCCCCGCUCUCCCCGCAUUUCGCAUUUGUUCUUUGCUGACGACUCCUAUCUGUUCCUGCGGGGAUCUCUCCAAGAAUGUGAAAACCUGAUUGAGGUCUUGAACGAAUAUGAGGAGUUAAGCGGCCAAAAAGUGAAUCUGGCUAAGUCAGCAGUUUGCUUUAGCAAGAAUAUUGCGAUGCCAGACCAGGAGUUCUUGGCACAGGUUUUAGGAGUAGGGGCAGUGGGGGUGCAUGAUAAGUAUUUAGGAUUGCCAACUUUAAUUGCUCGAUCCAAAAUGGCAACAUUUCGAUACCUGGAGGACAAAUUGUUGGAGAGGUUGCAGGGAUGGAAGCAGAGAACGCUCUCUUGGGCUGCUAAGGAGACUUUGAUUAAAGCAGUGGCAAUGGCUUUGCCGUUACAUGUGCUGUCCUGUUUUAAGAUGCCGUUGGGCCUUUGUAGGCUGCUGGAUAAGCAUGUGGCCCGUUUUUGGUGGGGUAUGAAUGAGGGGAUGCCAAAGAUCCAUUGGAUGUCUUGGAGGAACCUCUGUCGAAGUAAGCAUGAGGGUGGAAUGGGGUUUCGCCGGUUUGAGCAGUUUAAUCAGGCCCUCCUGGCAAAAAUUGGAUGGCGUAUUCUGAUGGAUCCCCAGUCCCUUUUGGCCAGGGUUUAUAAAGGAAAGUAUUUCCCGCAUGGUACGUUCCUUGAGGCCAAAGCUCGGUCGCGUCCCUCGUGGGGUUGGGUGAGUAUCCUCCAUGGACGAGAGCUCUUGAUAGCAGGCGUGCGAUGGCAAGUCGGGAAUGGCCAGACCGCGCCGCUGCUGCAUUCCAACUGGAUACCGGGGUUACAUCCUGACAUUCCUGUUUUUAACCCUAGGGUGUUGCCAGUAGAUCGGGAGCUGAAAGUAGCGGAGGUCAUGUGUCAAGGAGGUGGAGGGUGGUGUGUGGAGAGCUUACAUCAAUGGUUUGAUCCGGCGACUUGCAAGGCUAUUCGUGCUAUCCCUCUCCCAGCCCAGGGGGUGGAGGAUAAACUGGUUUGGCAUGGCACGUCGGAUGGGAUUUUCACGGUGAAGUCUGCAUAUCACCUUGCUGUCACUCUUGACAAACGGGGGGGACGGUGGAGGGAUAUGGUUAGCUGGAUGGAUAAAAGUAGUUGGAUCCGUUUGUGGGAUGCGAAUAUUCCGCCUAAGCUGAAGAUUUUUGCGUGGCAAAUUUUUAAUCGCAUUCUCCCUACGAUGGAGGCCCUGGUUGAGAAGAAGGUGACGGUUAUGCCACGUUGCCCAGUUUGCUGGGAUGAGCUUGAGUCCUUGGAGCAUCUGUUCCUUUAUUGUCCGGUGGCUCGAGCUAUGUGGGAUUAUUCUGGGAUGGAGUUUUUGGGCGAGGGACUUCCGAGGCAGACCUUUCCUCUCUUCCUCAAGCGGUUAUUGGCCUUGAUCCAUCAACCUUCACAGUUCAUGGCUGUGAUUGCAGUCCUGUGGAGGAUUUGGAAAUCCCAGAAUUGGGUAUCUUUUUCUCUUGAUUAAUAUAUAUCUUUUGUUAAAAUAAAAAAAAAAAGCAGAAUUGCAUUUUCAUUAUCAUUUUCAAACCAGGGUUUGGAUGGUACAGGGCCGGUACUGUAAUUUUGAAGGCCUUUUUGGAUACAAAAUGUGGCCCAAACAUUUUUUCAAAUAAAUUUAAUACAAUGAAGAAAUAUAUAGAAUGAUGAGACCCAUAAAAGCACAAAAUGUAAGGCCUCCUUGGUGCUUUAGUUUGUGUGUGUUUUUUUCCUACUAAUUAACUUAUUUUGGUCCUUAAAAUUCAAAAAGAAUAAGUGAUGUAUUAGUCUACAAGAUACGUAAAGGCAAAAUAUGGGUUGGAAUUCUCCAAUUUCAAAUUUCGUGGUCUGAGAGUGAUUCUAGGAAGGUCAUUUUUUUCAUUGCACCCAGUUCAUGUUUAUAUAUUAAAAAUGUUAUCGUUGGAGUUCGAACCUUGGUCACUUAAAUGACAAAACAACAUUAUAACCAUUAACCAACUAGGCUACAUUUUAUUUAUUGGUGUUUCUUUGAUUAAACUCUAGGAAUAUGUUUGGUGAUGAUGCUUCUAUAUUUCUAUUUUAUCUUAAGUUAUUUAUAUUUCUACAUAAUAUAUAAAGGCAAAACAUGGGUUGGAUUUUCAGGGAUUUGAAUUCCGGGCUUGUGAGGGUUUCACGGAAGGGUAGUUUGACAACUUACCUGUCAUUUUAGGUCAUUCGUUUUUUGCUAUCAAUCCGCAAAGUGCCCUUUCAAAUCAUUCAAUUUCAUAUAUAUAAUCUACAAGAUACAUAAAGGCAAAACAUGGGUUGGAAUUCUCCCAUUUCAAAUUUCGUGGCCUGAGAGCGAUUCGAGGAAGCUCAUUUUUGUCAUUGCACCCAGUUCAUGUUUAUAUAUUAAAAAUGUUAUCGUUGGAGUUCAAACCUUGGUCACUUAAAUGACGAAACAACAUUAUAACCAACUAGGCUACAUUUUAUUUAUUGUUGUUUCUUUUAUUAAACUCUAGGAAUAUGUUUGGUGAUGAUGCUUCUAUAAUUUUAUUUUAUCUUAACUUAUUUAUAUUUCUACAUAAUAUAUAAAGGCAAAAUAUGGGUUGGAUUUUCACGGAUUUGAAUUCCCAGACCUGUGAGGGUUUCAUGGAAGGGUAGUUUGACAACUUACCUGUCAUUUUAGGUCAUUCAUUUUUUGCUAUCAAUCUGCAAUGUGCCCUUUCAAAUCAUUCAAUUUCAUAUCUAUAACAUGUGUCGUCAUCAACAAAUAUGAUAAAUAUUGGAAAACAUUUUCAUUGAUGUGUUGGACUAUAUCACAUAUCAAUUAUAAAUUCUUUAUUUGUAAACAUGUAUAUCACUAUCAGUUCCAUAUAUUUUAUAUUUACACGCAUUAUAAGUAGUAACAACACAUAAAAAAUGCAUAACAAUCUUCACUAUUUACACACAUUAUAAGUGGUUAUAACACAUACAACAUACAUAAUAAUCAAACUCCCCAGCCAACAGGCGGGACAUGGUGCUAGGGAUUCUCAGAUUAGUGAGGAUGAAGAGAUAGGAUUAGAAGGAAUCACUCGAUACCCUGAGGAAGAUGAAGUGGAACUUUUGAGAAUCUGAGAUAGGAUUAGAAACCAGAAGGGAGUCGAUCGAUUGUUGGUGAAGGACAGAUACAAGCUUUAGCUUUGGUUCCACUUCCUUGCCAUUCAAUCUGGUGGCCCAGUAUUUGCCAUUCUUUUGUGGGCUGGAAAUCAAUCAGACUGUUGGAUUGAUGGCCAAACAUUUAUUUCCUAUUACUUUUUUUUUACGUUCAUUUCAUAUAACAUUUUUUCAACACAUUUUAUUACUUUCAUCUCAUAUAAUAUUUUUAUUAUUGUUUGUAAAAUUACAAAUCAAUUCUUUUAAUUUAUCUUCAUAAUAAACAUUAAGCUGCUCU